CGUUUUUACGUCCCGCGUCAUUGUGUUUGCGUACUGAGGGUUGCGCGCGGGAGCUUUGGUUAUCAAACGGCGGAGCUUGUGUGGAAACAAGAAUUUGCAGGAGAGUAACGUUUGUCAGUUCUGUUGGACCAUAAGCACGCCCGCACGGCAGUUGAUUACAAUAUACAGAUUUACAUACUCAGGCCAUGGCUAUGAGGAGCGAGGCCAGGGUGGAGGCAGAGGUAGAGGAGGAAGAAAACUACGGACCACAGCCUUUGUGCAGACUGGAGCAAAGUGGAAUCAGUGCCAGUGACAUCAAGAAGCUGGAGGAUGCAGGUUUCCAUACCAUUGAAGCAGUGGCUUAUGCACCUAAGAAGGAGCUGCUCAACAUCAAGGGCAUCAGUGAGGCUAAAGCUGACAAAAUUCUAGCUGAAGCUGCCAAACUGGUGCCUAUGGGCUUCACCACAGCCACUGAGUUCCACCAGAGGAGAGCAGAAAUCAUCCAGAUCUCUACAGGCUCCAAGGAACUCGACAAACUACUACAAGGUGGGAUUGAGACAGGCUCCAUCACAGAGAUGUUUGGAGAAUUUCGGACAGGGAAGACCCAGCUGUGCCACACACUAGCUGUCACCUGUCAGUUGCCCAUUGAUCAGGGGGGUGGAGAAGGUAAAGCCAUGUAUAUUGACACAGAGGGUACCUUCAGACCAGAGAGACUCCUAGCUGUAGCUGAAAGGUAUGGGCUGGUAGGCAGCGAUGUUCUAGACAACGUGGCCUACGCCCGAGCCUUCAACACAGACCAUCAGACCCAGCUGCUGUAUCAAGCCUCUGCUAUGAUGGCUGAGUCCAGGUAUGCUCUUCUCAUAGUGGACAGUGCCACUGCUCUGUAUAGAACAGACUACUCAGGUAGAGGAGAGCUGUCAGCCAGACAGGGACACCUGGGACGUUUCCUGCGCAUGCUGCUCAGGCUGGCAGAUGAGUUUGGCGUUGCCGUGGUGAUAACCAACCAAGUGGUAGCACAGGUGGACGGGGCAGCCAUGUUCUCUGCAGAUCCCAAGAAACCAAUUGGUGGCAACAUUCUGGCUCAUGCCUCCACCACACGUCUAUACCUGAGGAAAGGUCGUGGAGAGACGAGAAUCUGUAAAAUCUACGACUCACCCUGCUUGCCAGAGGCAGAGGCCAUGUUCGCCAUUAACGCUGAUGGAGUGGGUGAUGCCAAGGACUGAGCAAAAAGCAGCAGGAUGGGGGCAGAUGUACUGUCACACCAGCUGACUUGUUUCUGGGUCUAGAAUGUUGAAUGUGCAACCUUCACCCGUACUACUGUCUUCACAUGAAGCCUCACACUGAUGAGCUGAUGGGAUUUUGAGUUGGCUUCUGGCCACGUGGUGCUCGGUGAUGCAACAGCAAGAUGAAAAGUUUUGUUUUCUGCACUCAACAAAGGAAAAAUAAACUAGUAUUUUCUUGUAAUUACUCAUAAUUACAAGAUCUGCUACACCAUUAUGAGGUACUACUUAACUACUAAUUAAGAGUAAGUAUCCCCAUAAUUGCAAAAAACUUAAUUAAAAAAGACUUAUUUCAUAAUAACAAAAAAAUUAUAAACAUGACUUUUGUUACAUAAUUACCAGAAAGUUCUCUGUGAUCUCCUGAGAUAAUGAGCUAUGAUCAGAGAAAAAGUCUCCAAUUUCUUUUCUUUGCUGAAUGCAGUGCACUUGUGCAGUUUCAUUAAUGGAAUGGUAACAAAAGAAAAGCUAAUGUAAAAUCUAUUUUAAAUAGUUAAUAUUUUCUGAUAAUUUUGUCUUUGGAGUUUCUGUUGAGUGGUAUCUUUUUGUUUUUGAUGUCACAGUGAAGCAUCUUUUGAGAAUACAAUUUAAACACAUUAUUUUGCAAUGAACACAUUGCACAAGAUAUAUUCACAUUUCUAUAAAAGUAAUGCUUUCAUUUCUCACCAGCUGUUUCUGUUAGAUCUGUUCUGUCUUUACCAGAACCUUCUGUAUGUAUGCUUCAUAGCUAUAUUAAAUUUCUGUUACUAUUAA